AUGGACGUCACGGGGAGAGCCCUUAGGUGGAUAUCUGACUUCUUGCGAGACAGGACCGUAUACGUGAAAACCUCAGAAGGCGAAACCCUUCAUCACGGUACAGCAGCUGGUGUCCCACAGGGAAGCGUCCUUAGCCCGCUCCUGUUCAACGUUGUCAUGGCCGCACUACCCUCUCUCCUGCCACGGGGCGUCAAUGUUACCUUGUACGCUGACGAUGUUUGUAUCUGGUCUUCUGGAAAGCAGUGUCCAGCACUACAACGCCGCCUGCAAAGCGCGCUGGACAUUGUAGCCUCCUUCCUGGCAGAGAGAGGUAUGGACCUGUCCCAUGAAAAGACUGUGUUUUUGCCUUUCACACGCCGCCAUUUGAGAAACCUUCAGCUCUACAUAAGUGGGCACCCAGUGAGGCGCGUUACGCACCACCGGUUCCUUGGUCUCAUCCUCGACCGCAGCUUAUCGUGGAGAGCAGAAGUUCGCUGCUUGAAAGACAGAGCAGAGUCCCGACUGAAUGUUCUGCGCUACCUCUGUGGUACCCGGAGGGGGUUCACUUCUAGGGCUCUUUUCGGUCUUCACCGGUCCCUUGUACGUCAGGUAUUGACUUACCACCUUCCAGUACUGCAUCAUCUCUGCCCCACAUCUGAGCAACUGCUGGAGACCAUUCUUGCGAAGAGCAUCAAGACGUGCCUCGGCGUCCACAAGUCCACAUCAACUGCUCUAGUCUUCGCGGAAGCCAAGGAGCCACCUGUACCCAUCAUGAGGCUCGAUCAGUCUCUUAGCCACUAUAUGAGGCUGGCAACUCGCCACCAUCGACACCCCUUAGUGCGCGCUUUGAUUCGUCGUCCAGCGUCUGGGUACAGCCAAGCCGUUCUUGCCCACCGAAGCAUCAUCCCCAAGCACAAAUCUCUGCCGAAGCACCCUGACCCACUAUGGGCCCUGCCCACACCCCCCGUCCGUGUCGAGGUACCUGGAGUGUCCUCGAAGAAAGCUGCGUCGACGGUUGUUCUACGGCAGCUCACCUUGGCCGUACUUGACAGCGAUAGAGGGAAGAUUCAGGUUUUCACCGACGCAUCAACGACGCGUUCCGGCUCUGCUUGCGCCUAUGUGAUCCCACAGUUGUCAGCUGAAGGAUGUGCAAGACUCUCACACCGCACGUCGGCGGCGGCGGCGGAACUGCACGCGAUUUGUAUGGCGCUUGGCUUCAUUGCAUCGACUCCAUCCCCAGCUCAGUGGUCCAUCUACACCGACUCCAAAGCCGCCUUACAAGUCCUUCUCCACUCUACAGGAUCGGGAUGUCUGUCUCCAAUGGUGCAUGACGUCCUUGAAGUGUACACUUCUGCCGUAUCACGGGGACAUGACAUCCAGUUGCAGUGGGUCCCUGGCCAUUGCGGUGUCCCCGGAAAUGAGGCUGCAGAUGCAGCUGCCAGGCGUGCCCAUCUAGCGCGUGGCGUUCGCACGCACCCCGUCUACUUCACAAGAGGGGAUGCAAAGAGCACGAUAAACGCAGUAGUGAAACGUCUGAGCGGGGAACACUGGCGUCGAUGCGUCCCAGUUAACUCACUGCUGCACAAAGUGGAUCCAGACCUGCAGUUUUUAAUGCCCCCAGCGCUCCCCCGGGCCGUUACCUCCAUCAUUCACCGGCUACGUCUCAAUAAGUCCCCUCAAACGGCCGUCUACGUUUCCUAG